CUGAUGUGUCUUCGCCUCACUUUGCACAUUUAAACAAUGAGAAGCCAUCAUUAAACAACACAUACAAUUGCACCGCGUUGAGCUUCCUCUCUUCUGUGAGCGGACAUUUCGUCUUUUGAACCCUUUUAUCUUUCACGCUGUUUGCCCAAUAGAGUUUUGUGGUUAAUUCAGCGUUUGACCAGACACCGUCAACAUCUUUGAAAGGUGUCGAAGUGUGGUGAAGUGAACGUGUCGAAGCGAAAGGUUUUCGCUCCAAUUUUUGUUAUCAUGAAUCCUAGCUUGAACUCACCCGAUCCCGGAUUGCCGCAGAGCCCAUCGCCCUAUUCAGCCCCGGUGGGCCCUACGGGAGGUGGCACUUCUCCUGCCUCGCCGCAGAUUUUCUCAGUAACCAACUUCACCCUGACCUCGCCAGUUCCGCUUCCCCUGCCACCAUGCCAGGUGUGUGUCGCCAUCCCGUCGCCCGGCCUUCGCCCUUCCCCGCUGCGGUCGUCCCUGCCCACCGAGGACGGCGCCCCGGACCUGGAGUGCUGGGUGUGCUACAGCCACUUCAACAACGUCUUCCGCUGCCCCAAGAUGCUGGAGUGCAAGCACACCUUCUGCCUGGAGUGUCUGGCCCGCAUCAAUGUCAAGUCGGCGCAGCCUGCCGCCAUUCGCUGCCCGCUGUGCCGCCGCCUGACGCCGCUGCCAGACCUCGGCUUGCCCAAGCUCGCCACAGACGCCGACGUGCUGGCAUCCCUUCCGGCCACCAUGCAACGUGUCUACAGUGUCCGCUUCCAGCGCAGCAAGGGAAAGCUGCAGAUUAAGAGGAUAUCUGAAGGUCAACGUCGGAGCACUGAACGAUCGCUGGAUGUUGGUCUUCCCAGCCCGCCCCUCCGGAAUGUUGGCCAAUCGGGUGAUGUAGGCGGGGCCUUGUUCAGAUUGACAGGCCAGCCGCUGUGUCGGGCUUUGCUCCUCACGCUGGUGUUCACAAUGACCAUCGUGCUCACCGGCAUCGUCGUAUUCCUCCUCAUCUACAACCCCGACCAGCUCUAGAGGUCUGUUUCCAUGGCGACCUGAGAUUGUAGCCGUCUCUAUGGCACCCAGGAUGCGGAGUCACUGCUCUCCAUGGUGACCAGGAUGCUUGGCAACUUGGCUCGAUGGCAACUGGGAUGCUGACUUACUCUAUGACUAAGAUAGUUAAUCAUUGUCUGCAUGGCAACCAGGAUGGCAACUAUAAUUUACAUGUUGACCAAGAUGCUGACUUACGCUGUCUCCAUCGUAAAUAUUGUUUCCAUGGUGACCGGGAUGCUGAGUAACCAUUUCAUUGAACACGAGAUGCUGUCUCCAUGGCAACCAGGAUGCUUGGAAACUGUCGUCUCUAUGGUGACUCAGAUGUUUGAUUCCAUGUUAACACAAUGCUCAGUGACCAUUGUUUCCAUGACCACCAAGAUGCUGAUUUACUGACGUCUCCAUGGUGACCAGGAUGCUGAUAAUCUUGUUUGCAAGGUGAACAAGAUGCAGACUCGGUCUGUCUUGUAGAUGGCGACCAGGAUGCGGAGUCGAUGUCGCCGUGGCAACCAGGAUGCUCACCCACAAUUUCCAUGAUCAAGAUGCUGAUUCACUGUAUCCAACGUGACCAGGAUUGCUCUCCAGGGCAACCAAGAUGUUGAUCAAGAUGAGUGAUUUACGUUAAAAAAAAAAAUGGGGGUCACCUGUAAAGGUGAGUGGGGAUGACGUCUAGUCAAUAGUGCCUUAACUGCCGGACGGAUAUGUGAACAUAGCAGAUGACUUAAAAUUUAAAGUUUUGUUUGUGUAAUAUCAUGUUUUAGACUUUUAUUGUGCGAAAGCAAAAUCUAAAAUAUUUAUUUUUUUUACAAAUAUGCACCUUUUGUUGCCUUGUUUAAACUUUAAUAAAUGUUUUUUAAUGAUUUGGA